CGUGCUGCGAAGUGUGGAGUGUGGUGUAUCACUGCGCUUUAUAAUUUCAUCUUUAUAGUAUUACAUUUGAUUGACUUUGUUCUGUGUAGUGUACCAAAACGUACUGAAAUUCUCUAGCUAAGAUUUCUCGAUUUGUUUGCUGCUAUUUUCUACCAAAGAUUAGGAUUAUAUAGCACGAUGAGUCGUGACGAAAAUAAUGGUAAUGGAAGAGGGAACGGUCCAUCCUGGUGGCAAUACGGGGCGGCAGUGGCAGGGAUCACAGCGGCAGCGGGAGGCUUAUACUAUUUAAUGAGUGAGGGAGACGCUAAUCGGCAGACAGAAUCAGACACUCGAGGCGCUCAGGAGAGGCAACAGCAUAGAAGCGUACUAAGUACACUCGAGGAUCUGCUUCAACCACUUGCAAAUACUUCUACUAAUAUGGAGGAUGCGGUUCCCCGGUCCUCGGUGCCAGUUUCGCCGAAUAUUACGAACCUAAAUGCACUUCUCGCCGACAUUCAUGUCCGAUACAUCGCACUUAAAAAGGAGGAUUUUAAACUUCAUUACUCUGUUUUUAAUGAAGUUUUUCGACAAAUUCACAAUAAUAUGAAGGAAGUUGACAGAUACUACAAUCGGUAUUCCAGCAAUGUCCAAUUCGCUGGUAGUCAUUAUGAUAGACUCAGAAUUAAAAAGCCGGAUGAAUUUGACGUGGAUAUCGUAAUCGACUUACCGGUAAACUUGCGCCGUGACCACAACCCAAAGGAAAGCGAUAUUGUAAUAGAACCAAAUUUUCCAGGCUUUGUCCAACUUCGUGCUGGUCUACAAUAUCAAAAAAUAUUAGUGAGAGACGGUAUAGAUUGCCUAAUCAAUAGAACAGCGUAUGAGUGGUUGGAUGAAAAGAACUAUAUCCUUCGAUCGAAGUUUACUAAUUGGUUUAAAAGUGUUGGAAAUAGAGCGUUAAAUCGAUUUCCCAGAAGUGGAUCCCUACCGGCCGUAUUUGUUGACGGCGUCACUUACACUAUUCGCACUUCUGAGAGUGGUCCGGCUUGGACUAUAAUAAUAGAGGCUCCAAGAUUUAAACUGGACGUUGAUCUAGUUCCAGCGCUAAGAUUUCCGGAAGAUCGUUGUUCAGAGGCGAAUAUAAUCCGUACUAUACCACUUAAAUGUCGAAGAGAAUAUUGGAUGGUGGUGCCGAAACCAAAUAAAGGCGGUAACACAACCCAUGACGAAAAACGUUCCUGGCGCAUAGCCUUACAGGAUCAAGAGAAACAGUUUCUGAAUAACACGUACCAGUUGCGACAGACGCUUCGCUUAUUAAAAAAAUUUCGAGAUGCACAAAAAAUGAACGGAAUAGCAAGUUAUUACAUAAAAACUCUUUUCUUAUGGGAAUGUGCUGAAUUGCAAGAAAAUAAUGAAAGUCAUAUGUGGCAGACGAAGGACAUGGCAACACUAUUUAAACAUAUGUUACGAAAGUUUCACAUUGCUCUCGAGAGAAAAGAAAUACCAUAUUUUUGGAAUAGACGGCACAAUUUGAUAGGAAAUGUUAAUCAGAAUUUAAUAAACGAUUAUAAAAAUAAAGUUGCAAAAUAUUUAUCUUUAUUGGAUGAUUCUUAUAAUUAUAAACAAGCAGCUAUUUAUCUAUUGGAACAUGAUGAAUAUGAGGAAUACAGACACUUACUCUUUUGAGUAAAAUAUUUGUAAUUUUUUUUACUAAAAUGUGACAAUGAUUUAUAAUAUUUAAUCUCAAUAAAAUGUUCUAAUCUUUUCAUCUUACGUAAUAAAUUUUUAAA